AUGGCUGGAGAUGCUAUUCCUAUUAAGCGAAAACUCGGAUAUAGUGUUGGACACGCGUUUAAUGACCUCACGGCGUCAAUGUGGUAUACCUACCUUAUAGCCUACUUUCAUGAGGUCAAACAUUUUGAUGACACGUUGGCUGGAGCGCUGAUGAUGAUUGGACAGUCAGUGGACGCAGUGUUAACUCCACUGGUUGGAUUAGCCUCGGACAACAGCAAAUCAGGAUGCUGCAAAAUCGGUAGAAGAAAAUCCUGGCAUUUAAUAGGAACUAUAUGUAGUUGUCUAGGGUUUCCGUUCAUUUUCAUACCUUGUUGGUUCUGUGGCGGAGUUCCAGAUUGGGCCCAAUUUAUUUACUAUGUUCCACUUGUCGUUAUAUUUUCAUUUGGAUGGGCCUGUGCUCAAAUUGGACAUUUAGCUCUUAUCCCGGAAAUGACGCUUUGUACGAUAGAAAAAGUGCAGCUUAAUGGAUGGAGGUAUGCUAUAACAGUCCUUUCACAUAUGUUUGUUUACCUGCUGGCCUGGUUGUUUUUUGAUGCACACAGAUCAGAAGAAGCAAGCACUUAUCUAAACGAGGAGGAUGGAUACAUAUUUAGGGAUCUGGCAAUAUGCGUUGUUGUUGUAGGAGUGAUAUGCAGUUGUAUAUUCUACUGGCUUGUUCACGAAAAGGACAACCCAUUACCUGGAACUGGCUAUGAAAAGAAAUUGCAGAGUGAUAGAGAAGCAAAAAGUGACAAAGGAAAUGAAUUAAAGGAAACCACAGCAGAAAAAAUAGAAAAAAGUAAAGCACUUGAGACUAAUUCUACUGAAAAUAAAAAACAAGCUCCCUUAUUAAAAUUAAAAGGUAUAGUUAAAUCACAUUCUUCUCAGAGUAUUUGCAGGACUCAUGACAAGCUCGAAAGAAACUUAUCUUCAAUGUCUUGUCCCGAAAAGGACGUUAUAGCAACAAUCUCCUCAAUAUCAAGCCCGGAGAUUGACAUAGAAAUGUCCCAACUCACGCACGGUCAAAAUACUGCUAUUCCUGGAAUUCUAAAGGAUAAAUCAAAGACAUGCAAACCAAACACUACAAAGAAAAGAAUAUCUUUUGUAUCUGAUCAUAGCAUCAUAGAAGAAGGCAGAAAUGAACAUGAAAAGGCUGAUAUAGCGAAACAAAAAGUGAUACUUCACAAACAUUGGAAGGACUGGUUUAAAGAGCCCAGUUUUUAUCAGAUGGCUUUGAUAUAUAUGUGUACUCGUUUAACCGUAAAUAUAUCUCAGAUAUAUAUGCCCAUGUACAUAACGGAGACCUUGCAUAUGCACAAGGAUUCUGUAGCAAUUGUUCCUCUGGUUGGAUAUAUUGCUGGAUUCUGUACAUCGCUUUUUAUGAACAAUACAAAUAAGUUACUAGGUCGUAAGAGAACUUACAUAGUGGGUAUAUCUUGUACACUUGGGGCCUGCGUGUGGAUCUUUUUUAUCGAUGAGGCGACAUCUAGCCGUGUCUACGGUGUCGCUGCUCUGAGUGGUGUUGGUGGGUCAACUGCUCUUGUGACGUCACUCGCAAUGACCUCUGAUCUCAUCGACAGAUAUUCUAACAGUGCUGCAUUUGUGUAUGGUGCAAUGAGUUUUACGGAGAAACUUGCUAAUGGAAUCGCUGUUGUUCUUAUUCAAAGAUACAACCCAUGCGAGAAUGGUUCUGCUGCCCACAUGACUCACCACUGUACGGUGUACUAUCGUGACGUCCUGGUGACUGUCCCGGGGGGCGUGACCUUCAUAUCCCUCCUUGUCCUUCUCAGUACAAUAUCCUCAAUAGGCGGCGGGAGCGGCUGGAAAGCACAUAGGAUACACCGACAAACUCAGUGAGAAGUGAGAAGAGGGUUGAGACUGGACAAUGUUGAAUUAAAUUGAAUAAAAUCUAUUUGUGAAGAAGACGCAAUCAUUUAGAAGACGAGAAGGCUUUGUGAUGAAAUAGGCAAAGCCAUAAAAAAACUAAAAAACAAAAAAGUGGAGACCUACAUGCAGUUAUACGGAAUAUUAAUUCAACUGAUGAAUGAAAACAAUAAAAACCAUAAUGUAACUAAAGAACGGAUGAGAUUUAAGAUAUACUCGGUAUUUAUUCCAAAGUUGAAAAUACAUGCAUAUGAAGUGUACUAGUUUUACUUUUUAAAACUUUGUUGAUGUAUGAAAUCACCCGCUAGGUGAUAGGUUUUGAAACAUGACGUAAGAAGUGUAAAUUAAGUCUAGUGUUCUGUGUACUACUAUACAGAGUGGAACUUUCAUGAAACGAAGUCUUGGUUUUAGCUUCCAGCAA